UCCAUUCUUGCCCACCCGACCUCGGACAUCUGCACCGAAGGCCCGAACGACGUCAUCAGCUCAACCAGCAGCAACGAGUGCAUGGCGCCGAGCAAGCUCCGGCAGGCGCUGGGCGCGGCCAAGGACCAGACGACCAUCGCGCUCGCCAGGGUGGGCGGCGCGGACGACGAGGUGGCCGCGGACGUCGAGGUGGCAAUCGUCCGGGCCACCGCGCACGGCGAGGCCCUCCCCGCCGACGACCGCCACGUCGCGGAGAUCCUCGCGCUGACGCGCUACUCCCGCGCGCGCGUCGCCGCGUGCGUGGCCUCCGUGUCGCGCCGCCUCGGGCGGACGCGGACGUGGCCCGUCGCGGUCAAGGUGCUGGCGCUCGUGCACCGCCUGCUCGCGGAGGGGGACCCGGCGUUCGAGCAGGAGGUGUUCCUCGCCACGCGCCGCGGCAGGCGCAUGCUCGACAUGUCCCGGUUCCGCGACCGCUCCCGCGACUGGGACUUCGCCGCGUUCGUGCACGCCUACGCCGUGUACCUCGACGACCGGCUCAAGUGCCGGAUGCAGGGCCGCCAGGGAGGCGAGGCCAGCCCGAGAAAUUGGAGCGUCCACGGCAGCAGCAGCUUCCACGACGCUGCCGACGGGGCAGGCGAGGUGCACGAAGCCUGGCCGGCGACCGAGACGGGCACGGAGGAUCUCGUCGCGAGGGCGCAGCAGCUGAAGCACCUCCUCAACCGGUUCAUCGAGUGCCGGCCAACGGGGAAGGCGAGGACGAACCAGGUGGUCACGACGGCGUUGUACAGGCUGGUGAAGGAGAGCGCGGCGAUGUACUGCGAGCUCACGGAGGUGAUGGUCGUGCUCAUGGACCGCUUCGCCGAGCUGGACACCCCCGCCUGCGUGCGCGUCCACUCCAUCUUCACCAGCCUCGCGAAGCUGGUCGACGAGCUGGACGAAUUCUACGCGUGGUGCAAGGCCACCGCCGUGUGCCGCCCAUCCGACGUCCCCGAGAUACAACGCGUCAGGCAGAAGAAUCUGGACCUGAUGGGCGAGUUCAUCCGCGACAGGCUAGCGUCGGCGUCGCGACGAUGCCGCUCGCCGCCGGCGCAGCUCAGCUCGCCUUCUACCCCUGUCAACAAGUACGACGCCGAACCAAUUGAUGAGCCUGUGCCCAAAGAGCAGCAGGUUACCGCGCGAGAGGAGAACAACACCGGCAAGGCGGCGGCGGCGCCCGCUGAGCUUGCUGACUCACUCGUCGCGGUCGAUGACAAGAUGGCCGAUUUCUUCAACUUGGACGAAGACACUUCGCCGCCGUCCGGCGAGGAGCAUGGCCGGGAUCUGGCAUCGGCAUUGUUGGUCGGUUGCUCGCCGGAAGCGGCGGCGUCGAAAUGGGUGGCGUUCGACGAUCCAUCGGAAGAUUGGGAGACAGCUCUGGUGCAGUCGACGAGCAUGUCCGCUACGCGGCGGGCGGAGCUCGGUGGCGGCUUUGUGCUCGACGCCAUGUACAGCCACGCGGCGGCCAACGCGAACGUGACAAACUCGCGGGCGUUCGCCGGAAGCGCGAGCAGCGUGGCGACGCAGCCGCUUGGUGCGACGGCUCUUGCACUGCCGCCGCCAACGCCUGGUGCAAACGCCGCCGUCGCCGCCGCCGCUAGCACAAGGACUGAUCCAUUCGCCGCGUCGCUGGCGGUGCCUCCGCCCACGUACGUCCAGAUGACAGACUUGCGGACAAGGCAGCGGCUCCUUGUGCAGGAGCAGAACGCAUGGCAGCAGUAUGAAAGGCAAAGGGCACCCUCUAGUUACAAUCUGUUGUAAGAUCGUGCGUUCGUGCUGUUUGGUUGUUGAACUGUAACAAAAUUUCAAUUUGGAACACGGUACACGUU